CUUAUAAGGGGCUGUACGAUAUCAUGAUCGUAACGGCUGUUCUUUCUUGUAGCCAUCCACACGCACAGCCUGAAAUCCACUGUCAUCCAGGAGCAUUGAAGUUGGGCAUAUAUAAUGGAGACAUCUUCUCCGAUCUGAACCUCAGUCUCAUUCCACUUUAGACGUUCUUACUACCUCCUUUUCCAACUCUUGGCUGUGCCAUUUUCCUCGAAUUAGUCUUGUACCAGGACACUCGUUUAUUUUUUUCGACUCUCGUCCUCAGUCGAUAUGCGUUUCUUCCUUGUCUUUACUUCGCUCUUGCUUUCAAGUGUCAUCGCCAUUCCAAUUUCCAUUGUAACAGAGAACCGUCCGGCGCGCGAUGAAAGCAAUGGGUCUCUUUCAGUAGUUGCUCGCGACGUCAUGCAGACCAUCCAAGCCGGUGGGGACAGAGAUCCUCCCCGGUCCCGCGACGUCGUUGAGGGUGACAGGGAGCGUCUGCCUCGUAACGAUCGUGACAAUGACGUCAUGGGCAUCAUUGACGACGGCGGUGUCAGAACUCGACCUCGCGAUAGCAUUAUGCCCAAAAUUCAGAACGGUGGUGACCGCCAACGUCCUCCUCGGGAUCUGGCCAUUGCGAGUAUUAUCGAAGACGGCGGUGAAAGGGCGCGUCCUGUUCGAGGUGAAUCCGAAAUAUGAAGUGGUCAAACGUUAAUCCAAUGGCGUGCUUUAUGGUACGCCAGCGAUCAUGAUGGGAUAGGAUAGUAUAGUUCAAAGUCCUAGUGGCUCUUUUUUCCACUUUUGUCUCGAAUUUUUACCUCGAACUGAUUAUGUAUGUGUGGUCCAAGUUAUUCCUCGUGUGUUGAGAAAAUGUUGUACCUCGUUCAACAGCUGGGUAG